GAGGUAAGACAACGAAUAACGCAAAGAGGAAAUAUAUUGAAAUUGAAUUGUAUUGAAAUGAAAUGAAUUGUGAACGCUGAGUAGUCAGGCUAGUCAGUUUGACUGGAGCGCUUGGGCGACACGCCAAAUUUUAUAAAACACACAAAGCAACAAAAAUUUAUAAAUUUUCCAAAAAGUGCGCGUAAAAAACAAAAAUUAAGUGAAACAUUUUGCAAACAUCACUGCUGACCAGAACAACAACUGCAUUUGAGUUUCAUUUUUGAAUAGAUUGAAACAAAAACUAAAGCAAAAUGCCGGUUUUUCAUACGAAAACAAUUGAGAGCAUUUUAGAUCCUGUCGCUCAGCAGGUAUCUCGCCUCGUCAUCCUGCACGAGGAAGCCGAAGAUGGCAACGCCAUGCCCGAUCUCAGUCGCCCCGUACAGGUUGUAUCGGCUGCUGUGGCCAAUCUAGUCAAAGUCGGACGUGAGACCAUUAACAGUUCGGACGACAAGAUCUUGAAGCAGGAGAUGCCGGCAUCGUUGCAGCGCGUCGAGACUGCCUCGCAGUUACUAGAGGAAGCUUCCGAUAUGUUACGAGCCGAUCCCUAUUCGGGACCAGCGCGUAAAAAACUAAUUGAAGGAAGUCGCGGUAUACUGCAAGGCACCUCCUCGCUGCUGCUCUGCUUCGACGAGUCCGAGGUGCGAAAGAUUGUGCAAGAAUGCAAGCGUGUGCUCGACUAUUUGGCCAUAGCCGAAGUGAUAAAUACCAUGGAAGAUUUGGUGCAAUUCCUGAAGGACCUCUCACCGUGCCUGAGCAAGGUCUCGCGCGAAGUGGGCGCACGUGAGAAGGAGCUGACACAUCAGGUGCAUAGUGAAAUUUUGGUGCGUUGCUUGGAGCAAGUGAAAAUACUAGCGCCCAUACUCAUUUGCAGCAUGAAAGUGUACAUACACAUUGUCGAGCAGCAGGGCAAGGGUACGGAAGAGGCGGCUGAGAAUCGCAACUAUUUGGCUUCGCGCAUGAGCGAUGAAAUACAGGAAAUCAUACGUGUGUUGCAACUAACCACCUACGAUGAGGAUACUAGCGAACUUGACAAUCUAACGGUGCUUAAGAAGCUCAGUAAUGCCAUCAAUAACAAAUCAGAGCUGGCCAACGAUUGGUUAUCAAACCCUUAUGCGCUCAAGGGCGGUGUUGGCGAAAAGGCGCUGCGUCAGAUAAUCGAUAACGCGAACGAAAUAUCGGAGCGUUGCUUACCGCAAGACGCCUACCCCAUCAGACGUAUGGCGGACGAGAUUGGCGCUAUGACAAACAGUUUGUGCGAACUGCGUCAGGAUGGCAAGGGCACGUUGCCACAAGCUGAGUCUUUGGCGCGCGCAAUACGCGGCAAGCUGGGCGAUUUGCAAUCGUUGGUGCGCAACGCCGUCGUCGGUGUCGACAAGGCGGGCUUACAACAGACCGCGCACACAAUACAAGGACGCUUGGAACAGGCCGUUAAAUGGUUACAACAUCCCGAGAUCAACGAUGGUGGCUUGGGAGAGCGCGCUGUGAAUCUAAUUGUGGAGGAGGGACGUAAAGUCGCCGAAGGCUGUCCGGGACAUCAAAAGGCGGAAAUCAUGCAACUCUGUGAUGAGGUUGAACGACUUAAGCGUCAAGCCGCGGGCAAUACACCGGCCGCCAAGGAGGCUGCCAAGCAGUUGACACACAAGUUGCACGAACUGAAGGCCGCCGUGCAGAAUGCAUUGGUUAAUCGCAUUGUGCAAGACUUCAUGGACGUUAGCACACCGCUCAAACAAUUCACCGAAGCCGUUAUGCUGCCUGAGGGCACACCCGGACGCGAGCAAAACUUCAACCAGAAGUCGAAUAAUCUACAAGCAUUUAGCGAUCGCGCAUCGAAGACGUCACGCAUGGUGGCGGCCGGCGGCGCUUGCGGUAAUAAGAAAAUCGCCGAAAUCUUGCUUUCCUCCGCCACACAAGUGGACUCAAUGACACCACAACUUGUCAACGCUGGCCGCAUACGCAUGAACUAUCCCGCCAGCAAGGCAGCCGAUGAGCAUUUGCAGAACUUGAAGCAACAGUACGCCGACACCGUGCUGCGUAUGCGCACGCUCUGCGACCAAGCCACCGAUCCCAGCGACUUUAUCAAAACCUCCGAGGAGCACAUGCAAAUGUAUGCGAAAUUGUGUGAGGAUGCAAUUGUUGGUAAACAACCACAAAAGAUGGUGGACAACACAUCGAAUAUAGCGCGCUUAAUCAAUCGUGUGCUGCUUGUUGCCAAGCAGGAGGCGGACAACUCAGAGGAUCCGGUUUUCACGCAAAACCUGAACGCGGCGGCAAAUAGGCUGGAGAGCUCUCUACCCGCGAUGGUAGGCGAUGCGAAACGCGUGGCCACCAACAUCAAUGACCCAGCCGCAGCACAAGCAUGGAAGUCAUCAUUCCAAAGAUUGCUCGGCGAUGUACGCGAAGUGCGUUCCGCCAUUGCGCCAUCACCACCACCACUGCCCAGCUCACUGCCACCACCAAUACCAGAGCUCAGCGCGUUGCACAUCUCCAAUCAAAAUGCCGAACGCGCCCCACCACGUCCACCAUUGCCACGCGAAGGUCUAGUGCCCGCACGUCCACCACCACCAGAGACCGACGAUGAGGAUGAGGGCGUCUUCCGCACAAUGCCACAUGCCAACCAGCCGAUUUUGAUCGCGGCGCGCGGCCUGCAUCAAGAAGUGCGACAAUGGUCGUCAAAGGACAAUGAGAUCAUUGCCGCCGCGAAGCGUAUGGCCAUACUCAUGGCACGGCUCAGCGAGUUGGUGCUCUCCGAUUCGCGUGGCAGCAAGCGUGAAUUGAUCGCCACGGCCAAAAAGAUCGCCGAGGCGUCGGAGGAUGUCACGCGUCUGGCUAAAGAGCUCGCGCGCCAGUGCACAGAUCGACGCAUACGCACGAAUCUGUUGCAAGUUUGCGAGCGCAUACCAACCAUUGGCACACAACUGAAGAUUUUGUCAACGGUCAAGGCGACCAUGUUGGGUGCACAGGGUUCAGAUGAGGAUCGCGAGGCGACCGAGAUGUUGGUGGGCAAUGCACAGAAUCUGAUGCAGAGUGUCAAGGAGACAGUGCGCGCGGCGGAGGGUGCUAGCAUAAAAAUCCGCUCAGAUCAAACUAACAAUCGUCUACAAUGGGUGCGACGUCAGCCAUGGUAUCAAUACUAGACAGCUGUCUAGACGCGCCAGCGAACUACACUACACUAUUUAUGCCUUUAAGUGCCCAAUAUUUUUUAUUAAUAUCGAUCAAAUAUCGCCAAUUUUGAAAUGUAUUAGUUUUAAAAAUAUUAAUUUAUAAAUAUAAUCAUUUUUUUAAUUUACAAAAACUACAA